AUGGGGGUAAAACAUCUCUGGAGCAUUCUGGCUCCGGUGAAGAGACACAUGCCCCUGGAAAGUUUGCACGGUCAGAUGAUUGCUGUCGACCUGAGCAUCUGGAUUGUGGAAGCUCAAAACCAUUUACCCAAAUCCAUAACUAAACCGCACUUGAGGCAUUUGUUCUUUCGAGUUAUUCACCUGCUACAAAUUGGCAUAAUACCGUUGAUUGUCAUUGAAGGCAUACCUCCCAACUUGAAACAACAAGUUAUGAAAAACCGCCUGGGUCAACCCGAUAAGAUUGGCUCCAUCAAAAGAUCACAUUUCAAUGCCCUUCACAGAGAGUGCUGUCAGCUGCUGGAGUGCAUGGGACUUCCUUAUGUUCAAGCUGCUGGUGAAGCAGAAGCCAUGUGUGCCUAUCUGAAUCAGGAAGGGGUUGUUGAUGGGUGCAUCACAAAUGAUGGUGAUGCGUUUUUGUAUGGCGCCAGAAUGGUUUUUAGACAUUUCACCAUCAAUCAAAAGGACCCUCAUGUUGAGGCCUACAAUAUGGAUGAUGUAGAGAGAGAUCUUGGACUCAACAGAGAAUCUUUAGUUGGCUUAGCGAUUUUAUGUGGAUGUGAUUAUCUCCCGAAAGGUGUUGGUGGAUGUGGCAAAGGACUGGUCAUCUCAGAAUAUAUGAUCAUCAAAGACAAAAUUCCAAAAUUCAACAGGAAGUGGAGAACGCCUAACCCGUUCAAAUUUGCCGAUUUCGCGUUAAUGAAGAUGGAAUGGCCCGAGGACUACUCGAUGAGUAAGAUGGUUCCACUGAUGACACUGCACGACAUGAGAUGUAUCAUCAAAUGCCAACAAUCUGAUGGAUGCAUAAUGAAGCCCUCUAAAAUUGUGAAGCAAAGAAUUCGACAAGGAGGACAGUGUUACGAAGUCCAGUGGAGUAAGAUAGAGGGAGACAACUUCACUCAAGCUGAUUAUUACACAACUUUUGAAGAUCAAAAUAUUUUUGAAAAAGCGUUUCCUGAUAUCGUAGAAGACUUUGGCCAAAUGAAAUUGAAUCCCAACACUAAAACCCAAAAGAAAGCCGUGAAUACAAAAUCGAAUGAAGUUAGGGCGACUAAGGACGCCAGUUCUGGUGACUGUCAUGGACGCCCAACUAAAUCACAUCAGAACAAUAUUGGAGAUAAUUUAGUUACUGAAUCAAAUGUUAAGCGCACAAAACAUUCGGCACUCGGAGCUGCUGUUAAAAAUGCAGAGCACGAACUCCCUGUCCCAACAUGUGCAGUGCAAAGUUACUCAAUGCAAAGUGGAAGUCGACGAAGAUCCAGAUCUGUGGGCAUGGGAAAAAGUGAGUGGAGGUUGAAGACAAAGGAGAUGAUGAAGAGGUUGCAUCAAGUGCUACUACUGAGCGAUUCUGACGACGACGAUGAUGGUCGCAUUGUGGCCGCAGCUGUCAAAGAAAACGUAAGGAACAUCAAUAUUGAAAAUAUUGGCACAGGUCAAUCAAAGUGUGAUGACCUGACGCAUAAAAAUGUAAGAAACAACAACAUUGCAAAUAAUGGGACGGGUCCUUCAAAGUCUGAUGACUGCAUAGAAAUGCUUGAUAGCAUAAGCCUAUUACCUCUGAAGGAAAGAUUGAAGUUGAAAGGGAUGAAAAGUGAUGAUAAGCAUGCAGAAAAUAUUCAAAAACAAUGCUUCAAUAAAACGUCAAAUACUUCACAAAACAACACCGAGCUUUCGUCAUUAGUGAAUGGCGAUGACGAUGAAGAUAAAAGAAAAGAUGAAUGUUACAUGCAGAAAGCCAUGAUGAGUUGUGAUAGCUAUGAUUUAAAAAAGACUGUUGAAAAAAGCAGCAAUGAUGAAGAUGAGGACAGCGAUUAUUACGUUGAUGUUUCAUCCUAUGAUAUAUCAUUUGAAGAUGAUGAAAAAGUAAGCCUACACGAGCUAUCUCAUAAGAAAAACAGUCUGAAGAGAGACAGUGAUGACGAUGACCACAAUUUCAAUUUCGAUUCCAUCGUUCUAUCUAAGCAAGGUGGUCAUUUAAAUUAUGAAUGUGAUGUUGGCAACUUCAACAUUGACGCGUCAGUUAUGAAUUUCUGUGAUGAUGAAGCCAAUCUAUCUCUCGCAUACGCUUCCUAUAUUCAAGAACAACUGAAUCACUCUCAAUUAAUUUUUCCUCCGCUAGCUUCUCCACGAAGGCAUUUCAAUUCAUUUUUACGUUCUCCUGUUAAAACGUGCACAUUUGGUGAGAUAGACAAGUUUGAAACUGACCAGGAGGAGCUCUGCAAGUUCAUCAGUCACGUUAUACCAAAAGACGUUAAUAGCCUGCAACAUGAGAAAUGUUAUGCCAGCCGUUAUUCUCCGACAACAUCUUCUACUCCCAAUGCAAAAAAUGAAAACGAUGUUGACUCUUCCAUCCUUCCUCUGAUGGAAAGACUAAAAUUAAGAAUGAACAAAAAUACAAAACGUUGA